UCCGUUGCCGCCACCGCCGCCGCAGGCUCAGGCACCGGGCCAAGAAGAUAAAAGGUUUCUCAAAUUACAACUCGUUCGAUGACCUGUGCGAGAGCUUGUUAAUUGAUAUAUUUUCUAGGCUCCCGUGCCGAACAGCUGCUCAAUUGAAAUUGGUAUGCAAGUGCUGGAAUUCUCUCAUCUCUUCAGCCAAUUUCGUUAGGGUUUUCAAUCACCGCCGUCACGACCCGUUCUCUCCGGCCACACAAGAUCCGGAAUCGCCGCCGUACAGACUUUUGUUCGUAUUUCACCAUCAUCGUAGAUUUCGUAGCAUGGCAUAGGACUACCUGUCAGUUGCUCACUGUAGUUCCAGUGGCGCCGUGCGGCGGGUGGACAGGGCUGAUUUGAGUUUUCUUCCACAUCGCAGAAUUGGAGUGAAUGCUUCCUGUGAUGACCUGAUUUUAUGCUCUUUUAGUGAGCCUCCUGGCUCUGAUUGGACCACAGUUUUCUAUGUGUGUAAUCUGCGGACCCGGCAAUGGGUUCAUCUUCCUCCCGCCGUUCAUCCUGGCCGCCUUUCAAAAGAUUAUCUCAUCGGCCUGCUUUGUGCUCCUGCACCCUGUUCCCUUUGCCUCCACGAACAUGGAGGAUGUGUAGACAAUAAUCAUGACUUUAAAUUUAUGGUGGUGCUAAUUCGAAAAGGAGAAACAAUUCAAGGUGAGCCGGUUCCCCUGAUGGACACGGUGCUCUUUUCAUCCGAAGAUGGUCAAUGGAGGAGUGUUAUGGUUCCAUCCCCGGUGGAUUUAGCAGACAUGGACAAAGGGAAUGUUGUUCCAUAUAAAGGGAAGUUGCACUGGCUGAAUAAGGAUCAUGUUCUAGUGUAUGACCCUCAUAAUGAUCCCAAUAAUCUUUCUCAUGUCAUUAAAUUGCAGCUUGCCUACAAUCCUUACAUCAAUGGACAGAGCAUUGGCGUGUUCCAAGGUCGACUUCGUGUAGCUUACACUACAUUUCUUGAGGAGCCAAUAUUUCAUUAUGUGUGGGAACUCGAGGACUAUGACACGGGGAAAUGGAGGUUGGUGCACAAGCUUCAGGAUACCGACCUAAAUUCCACAGGAGAGUUUAUCCUCCAUGAUGGAAAUGCUUUCUGCAUGGGAGAAAACAAAUCUCGUGUAUGGCUACUCAACUUGCAGAGAAGAAUGGAGGGUGGGGAUCACGAGUUUGAGUUGGUUGACCGCGACCAUAAAUUUUACUCCCGUAAUGUGGAUGUCUAUCAGAUCGCAGAUCUUUGGUGGCCUACACCAGUGCCGCCCUUGACAUGCUACCAAGAUGCAAUGGUACAAAACAAAAAAGAUUGUGCAACGGCAUUAUAGCCGUUUUCAACGGUUGGGAGCAGAAAACGAAGCAGCGGAGCAGCAGUGAGUGCGGUCACCCCUUCGGGGUCAUGCCCUCGUAGAGAAGAGCAAAGAGAUUGGGACCGAAAAGAUCAUCCGAGAUAGAUCGGGAUUGGACCGGGAAAGACAGGGACCAAAGUGUUCCUUGGGACUGGUUUGGUCUUGGACCUGCAGUAGUCUCAUUUGGUCGUCUAAAUUGGGGGAUGACUAGACUGGUUCCGGAUUGGUGGUCUUUUGUAAAAAGACUAGACCGAGCCCGAAUUAGGACUAGUCUCUUAAUGUAACAUUAAAAUAUAACUUUUACACAAAU